UAAGCAUAAUCAAAAUCAUUUCCCUUGUCUUUCUCACUUUCUCAUCCAAACAGUUUUUUUUAUUCCCGAAUUACCCUUCUACCCCACUCCCGUCCCGUUGUCCCAUUACUAUUAUUUAACUCACCAAUCAGUCUCCCAAAUAACAAAACCAACAAAGGAAGAAGAAGACGAAGAAGAAGAAGAAGAAGAACCAAAACCAAACAUUUUGGUUCUCUCUUCCAUAAUGGCUUCCUCCCUUUUCACCAAAACUUCACUUCCUUCCAAGUCGUUCAACAAGUCCUUGAAUGCCCAUUCUAUCUCUUCCUUCAAACUCCCCGUUUCCCUCUCUUUCAAGCCCCGGACUACCCUCCCGAAACGCUUCUCACUCCGAGCCGGGUUGAUCGAGCCCGACGGCGGGAGACUCGUGGACCUCCGCGUGGCGGAGCCAGAGCGGGACUUGAAGAAGAGGGAAGCCGCCUUGCUGCCCAGGGUGAAGCUCACUACGAUCGACGUGCAAUGGGUGCACGUGUUAAGUGAAGGCUGGGCUAGCCCGCUCACCGGGUUCAUGAGAGAAUCCGAGUUCCUCCAAACUCUUCAUUUUAACUCGCUCCGACUCGACGAUGGUUCCUUCGUCAAUAUGUCGGUGCCGAUUGUCUUGGCUAUCGAUGAUUCUCAGAAGGAGAGGAUCGGUGAGUCCAACAGAGUCGCUCUCGUUGACUCGGAUGAUAACCCGCUCGCGAUUCUCACCGACAUUGAGAUUUACAAGCACCCCAAGGAAGAAAGGAUAGCCAGGACUUGGGGAACUACUGCCCCUGGACUACCAUAUGUUGAAGAAACUAUAACAAAUGCUGGAAAUUGGCUGAUUGGAGGUGACUUGGAGGUUAUAGAGCCAAUCAAGUACCAUGACGGUCUUGAUCGUUUUCGGCUGUCACCUGCAGAACUGCGUGAAGAGUUUGAAAGGCGCAAUGCUGAUGCCGUGUUUGCAUUCCAGCUCAGAAAUCCUGUUCAUAAUGGCCAUGCUUUGCUAAUGACUGAUACUCGUCGUCGGCUUCUUGAGAUGGGCUUCAAGAAUCCCAUACUUUUGCUACAUCCAUUAGGAGGCUACACAAAGGCAGAUGAUGUUCCUCUUAGCUGGCGAAUGAAACAACAUGAAAAGGUGCUUGAGGAUGGUGUUCUUGAUCCUGAAACAACUGUGGUCUCUAUAUUCCCAUCUCCUAUGCACUAUGCUGGCCCAACUGAAGUGCAGUGGCAUGCUAAGUCUCGGAUUAAUGCUGGGGCCAACUUUUAUAUUGUUGGUAGAGACCCAGCUGGCAUGGGUCACCCUGUUGAGAAGAGAGAUUUGUAUGAUGCUGAUCAUGGCAAGAAGGUAUUGAGCAUGGCUCCUGGACUUGAGCGGCUGAACAUCCUUCCUUUCAAGGUUGCUGCGUAUGAUAGAACCCAGGGAAAAAUGGCUUUCUUUGAUCCCUCAAGGGCACAGGACUUUCUCUUCAUAUCAGGCACUAAGAUGAGGACACUUGCAAAGAACAAAGAGAACCCUCCUGAUGGAUUUAUGUGCCCUGGUGGCUGGAAAGUGCUGGUUGAAUACUACGACAGCUUGACGCCAUCAGACAAUGGCAGAAUUGCUGAAGCUGUUCCUGCUUAGAUGAAUUUGCUGUAUCAUAAUGUAUUGCCAUCUGAUUGGGAGAAACCAUAACACUAUUUGUCUCCAUUGUGGGAUCCAAAUCCUGUAAAGUUUCUCUUAAAGUUUCUCUGUCCAGAUCUCUUAAUAAAUCCUUGGGAGGCACUGGUACGGAGACAUGGAAACUUGCCUCCCUGUAAUUAGAUGCCCAGUAUGGCAUCUAGCAUUGGUGCCCCUGAGCAUGAGGGGCACAUUGUACUAUAUCGUGUGGUUGUGUUCUUAUGAAGAACAUGGAUUGUAGGAAAUGUUUCAAGGAUUCUCAUACUUUCUGGAAA